AUAAAAAAAAAACAAAUUAUGAAAGGAAAAGGAAAUGGUCCGUACUAAACUACUCCAAGUCCCCUGAACCGAACCCGAAGAAGCCCCCAAAUCGCUGCUGCUGCAAACUCUCCACGAGCCACGCCGCGGAGCUCUAGGACUAGGGUUUCUCUGAUCGUCUCUCUUUUCCCUUAUUUUUAAUUGUUGUUCAGAACCACCACAACGUACUACUGUUAAGGAAGUGACAAGGAGGUUCUGAGAAAUUGCUUGCUGGGACUGUUUUCUUUCAAUGGUUUUGUUUCUAAGAUGAUUAUCAAGAUUGUUGAGGAUAUCCUAAAGAUCCAUUGAGCUUCUCAGAGUUACUUUUAACGUUUGACAAAAAAAAAAAAUGGAGGAUGAUAAUGGGCUCGAGCUCAGCUUAGGUCUUUCUUGUGGAGGAUCAUCAGGAAAAGCUAAGGGUAACAACAAUACUAAUAAUGCUGGAAGCUCCUCGGAGACUCACAGGGCAGAAGGAGGCGAUCGAAGUGCUAAAGUGAUUGAUGACUUCAAGAACUUCCUCCAUCCGACUUCUCAAAGACCAGCAGAACCGAGUUCUGGUUCUCAGAGAAGCGAUUCGGGUCAACAGCCUCAGCAGAAUUUCUUCAAUGACCUCUCCAAAGCUCCUACCACUGACGCUGAAGCUUCCACGAAAUCUUUGUGGGUGGAUGACGAGACAAGGAAAGAAGCAGGAAACAAAAGAAAGUUUGGGUUCCCGACGAUGAAUGAUGAAAAGAAGAAAGAGAAGGACUCGUCACAUGUUGAUUUGCAUGAGAAGAAGACAAAAGCUUCCCAUGUUUCAACCGCGACAGAUGAAGGAUCAACAGCUGAAAACGAAGAUGUAGCAGAAUCUGAAGUAGGUGGCGGUUCUUCUUCCAACCACGCAAAGGAAGUGGUACGUCCUCCUGCUGAGACAAACGUUGUGGACAACUUAAUUGGUCAAAGGAGAAGCAGCCAUGGCGGAUCUGGCACCGAAGAGUUUACAAUGCGCAGCAUGAGUUACACCGUACCUUUCACGGUUCAUCCUCAAAAUGUCGUCACUAGUAUGCCUUACUCUUUACCGGCAAAAGAGUCUGGACAACACGCAGCAGCCACAAGUGUAUUGCAGCCUAAUGCCAAUGCUGGAAAUAUCCCAAUUAUGUUUGGAUACUCACCGGUCCAGCUCCCUAUGCUGGAUAAGGAUGGUUCAGGCGGGAUUGUCGCACUCUCUCAAUCCCCAUUCGCCGGAAGAGGUCCAUCAAGCUCGGCUACUGCCAAAGGCGAAGGAAAACAGCCUGUAGCAGAAGAAGGUUCAUCUGAGGAUGCAUCAGAACGGCCAACAGGAGAUAACAACAACAACAACAAUGCUGCUUUUUCUUUCGACUUUUCAGCCAUAAAACCCGGGAUGGCAGCGGAUGUGAAGUUUGGAGGAUCUGGUGCACGUCCUAACCUACCGUGGGUUUCAACCACCGGUUCAGGCCCACACGGCAGGACAAUCUCUGGGGUCACAUACAGGUACAAUGCAAACCAGAUCAAAAUCGUAUGCGCUUGCCAUGGCCUUCACAUGUCGCCAGAGGAGUUUGUCCGGCACGCAAGCGAGGAGUAUGUUAGCCCUGAAUCAUCCGUGGGAAUGACUGCCGCGUCAGCUCACACCUGAAAAAAGAUGUCUGAAAUCUUGUAAACGUAACUACGUAAGGAAGGGUUUGUAAUGAGUAAUCUUUUUGGAAUAUACACUUAUUUAUGCUUACUCUCAAGCCAAAAUUUUUAUUGGGGCUUUCUGCUUAUGUUGUUGUAUUCUUUCUUUGUUCUUCUUCAUCUCAACAUUGUGUAAGCCUCUUCCUUUUUGUUUUUUGGUUUAAAGGAAAUUAUA